AUUAUGUAUUAGGAAAAUUUAAGUACAUUUGAGAUAGAAAGAGAUUAUAAAACCUUAUUAAAUGAUGAAAAUGUUAGAAUCCAGUUCAUUCGCAAAGUAAAAGAUUAGAAAUUAAUUUAGGUUUACUUAAUUUUAAGCUUUCAACUGGUCUUUACAACUAUAUUUUGUGCUUUUUCUUACUUAUCAACAGGGUUUGCAAUUUAUUAGUUAUAAAACAAUUGGCUUUUCUAUCUUUUGUUCAUAAUUGGUUUGAUUUGUGAGAUAUCAAUAGUUUGCUGUAAAAAGUAUAAAGAUUAUUUAAAUCAUUAGAGUUUCUAGAAAAGUUCCUAAUAAUUACAUAAUUCUGGGAAUAUUUACUUUUUGUGAAUCUUGGAUAGUGAGUUACAGUUGCUCAAUAGCAUAUGUGAUAUAUCCAGAAAAUGGUGGAUAGUUGGUUCUAAUUGCUGCAGUAUUAACAUUAGCAAUAACAAUAUCAUUAACUUUAUAUGCUUUUACAACAAAGUCAGAUAUAACAAUGGCUGGUGGAAGCCUUUUCAUAUUCUCAGCUGUUUUGAUGGUGCUGGGACUAUUUUGCUUUAUUUUCAAUUCCAAAAUUAUAUACAUGAUAUAUGUAGCUGGUUUAGCCAUCUUGUAUGGAUUUUAUUUAAUAUAUGAUACCUAAUUAUUGAUUGGAAACAAAGUAAUAAAAAAAUUUAGAUUUUUAGGAAUAUUCUUAUUCUAUUGAUGAUUAUAUAGUGGCAGCUUUAUAAAUUUAUAUUGACAUAAUAAUGUUGUUUUUACAACUUUUAUCAUUAUUAAUGGAACUAUUUGGAAAAAAGGAAUGA